AUGGCGCCUUCAAUGAGGAGUGUUUUGGCUGGAAAAGAUGCAAAGUGGAGAGCAAACAUGUCUGUUGCACAAUUCUUUUAUGAUGCUUGCAUCCCGAUGAAUGCUUUAAACUCAAUUUAUUUUCAACCUAUGUUGGAUGUUGCAGCUGCAAUUGGCCCUGGGUAUAAACAACCUACUUACGAUGCUAUGCGUGUGAAUUUAUUGAGAGAUGCUAAGAAGGAAGUCCCAUUACUUGUUGACAAUUAUAAGAGUAUUUGGGAAGAGGUUGGAUGUACAUUAAUGGCUGAUGGUUGGAUUGAUACUUCCGAUAGGUCAUUAAUUAAUUUUCUCGUAUACUGUCCUAAAGGUGUUUGCUUUAUAAAAUCAGUGGAUGCUUCAGAUGUUGUAAAAGAUGUCUUUACAUUAUUCAAGUUGUUUGAGGAAAUGACUUUAUGGGUUGGACCAAACAAUAUUGUCCAUGUUGUCAUGGAUAAUGGAGCAAAUUUUAAAGCUGUUGGAAGAAUGUUGUCUGAGAAGUAUGAGAAUAUUACUUGGUCGCCCUGUGUAGCACAUUGCAUAAAUUUAAUUUUGAAAGAUAUAUCUGAGUUGGACCACAUAGUGCAUCUUGCAAAACGUGCUUCUAAAGUAACCAAGUUUGUGUAUAAUCACACCAUUUUGAUACCUUGGUUAAGGAAAAGAGAGGGUUGGAAAGAAAUCAUACGAUCGGGUGCACCUCAGUUUGCUACUACUUUCAUUGCAUUAAGAAGUCUACAUGAGCACAAACAUGACUUGCAAGCUAUGUAUGACCGUGCAACUGUCUGCAAGAAACCAGAGGUUAAACAUUUCCUUGAUGUUGUCGACAAUAUAGCAAGUGCAUUCAAGUUGAACAAGACAAAGUUAGUUGACGAAAGUAAAUUAUAUCGAGACCGCAAGAAAAGCUUUUCUCAUGAGCUUGCCUUUCAAACUUGCAAAACCACACGACCUGGAUGUGUUAUAAGAAAAGAGGGUGAUGAAUUAAAUUUAGAUGAAUUGGAGCAAGCACUUUACGAAGAAGGAUCUAUUCCUAUUGGUGUUGGUGAUCAACCCUAUUAUGAUUUAGCAGGUGGUUCACAAGAUUGUUUUCCAACUUUUAACCAACUUGCUGAUGGUGAUUAUAAUGAUGAUGACUCAGAUGAUGAUGUGGAUAAUCAAUUUAGGAUAGGUUGA